CAGGUGGCAGCAACUCCAGAAUGUGGCAACUUGCAAGCCUCUUACUGCUCCUGAUCAUCUGGGCAGUUUCCAGCACACCGACUCCUCCUGACUCAGUGUUCUCCAGCAGCCAGCGGGCCCACCAGGUGCUGCGCAGCAAACGCGCCAACUCCUUCCUGGAGGAGCUGCGGCCCAGCAGCCUGGAGCGCGAGUGCAAGGAGGAGACCUGUGAUUUCGAGGAGGCUCGGGAGAUUUUCCAAAACACGGAAAACACAAUGGCCUUCUGGUCCAAGUACCACGGUGAGUGCAGUCCAGACCCCUGGCCGCGGUGCCCCUGCUCCUCCGGGUCCCUGGGCCGACACCCUCCUCACCCCACGUGGCAGACGGGGACCAGUGCGCGGUGUCGCCCCCGGAGCACCGGUGCGACAGCCCGUGCUGCGGGCGUGGCACCUGUAUCGACGGCCUGGGCGGCUUCCGCUGCGACUGCGCUCAGGGCUGGGAGGGCCGCUUCUGCCUGCACGGUGAGAGGGCGGCGGCGGCUGGCGGAGGUGCGCUUCUCCAACUGCUCUACGGAAAACGGUGGCUGUGCUCACUACUGCCUGGAGGAGGAGGGCGGGCGCCGCUGCCGCUGCGCGCCAGGCUACCGGCUGGGGGACGACCACCUGCAUUGCGAGCCAAAGGUGAAGUUCCCUUGCGGGAGGCUAGGGAAUCGCAUGGAGAAGAAACGCAAGAACUUGAAACGUGAUACCGACCAAGUUGACAAAAAAGAAGACCAAAUAGAUCCGAGGCUCGUCAAUGGGAAGCAGUCCCCAUGGGGAGAGAGCCCCUGGCAGGUGAUCCUGCUGGACUCAAAGAAGAAGCUGGCCUGUGGGGCAGUGCUCAUCCAUGUCUCCUGGGUGCUGACAGCGGCCCACUGCUUGGACGACUACAAGAAGCUCACUGUCAGGCUCGGCGAAUAUGAUCUGAGGCGCCGGGAAAAAUGGGAGGUAGACCUGGACAUCAAGGAGUUCCUCAUCCACCCUAACUACACCAGGAGCACCAGUGACAAUGACAUCGCCCUGCUCCGCCUGGCCGAACCGGCCACUUUCUCGCAGACCAUCGUGCCCAUCUGCCUCCCAGACAGUGGCCUCUCUGAGCGUGAGCUCACCCGGGUUGGCCAAGAGACCGUGGUGACCGGCUGGGGCUACCGCAGCGAGGCCAAGACAAACCGCAGCUUCAUCCUCAACUUCAUCAAGGUCCCUGUGGCCCCGCACAAUGAGUGCGUCCAGGCCAUGCACAACAAGAUCUCUGAGAACAUGCUGUGUGCAGGCAUCCUGGGGGACUCUCGUGAUGCCUGCGAGGGCGACAGCGGGGGGCCUAUGGUGGCCUCCUUCCGCGGCACUUGGUUCCUGGUGGGCCUGGUGAGCUGGGGUGAGGGCUGUGGGCGCCUCCACAACUAUGGCGUUUACACCAAAGUCAGCCGUUACCUCGACUGGAUCCAUGGCCACAUCAGAAUGGAGGAGGCCUUUCACAAGAGCCAGGUGCCUUAGUGUCUCCCUACCCCACUGCUUGGGCCCCAGAGGCCACCCUCGGGUGGGGGCUGGUUUGUUGAAUGGCAACAGUAGGACAUUAAAGGGGCAUGCAGUAAGCA